AUCACCCCAAUGCUGAAUCCUCUCAUCUACACGCUGAGGAACGAGGAUGUAAAGAAUGCCAUGAAAAGACUGUGGAAUCGCAAGUUCUCCUUGAAGGAAAAGCAGAAGGGAUAGCUUAUCACGGAAGAGGAGAUGGAGAGGAAAAACAGCACAGUGGUGACCGAAUUCGUCCUCCUCGGCCUCACCCAGUCUCGAAAUAUUCAGCUCCUGGUCUUUGUGCUGAUCUUCACCUUCUACUCCAUCAUCCUCCCUGGAAACUUCCUCAUCAUCCUCACCAUCAGAUCAGACCCCGGGCUCUCAGCCCCCCUCUACUUCUUCCUGGGCAACCUGGCCUUCCUGGAUGCCUCCUACUCCUUCAUCGUGGCUCCCAGGAUGCUGGUGGACUUCCUCUCUGAGGAGAAGCUCAUCUCCUACAGAGGCUGCAUCACCCAGCUCUUCUUCCUGCACUUCCUGGGGGGAGGGGAAGGCCUCCUUCUGGUCGUGAUGGCCUUUGACCGCUACGUCGCCAUCUGCCGGCCUUUGCACUAUGCAACCCUCAUGAACCCCAGAGCCUGCUACUCCAUGCUGUUGGCGCUGUGGCUUGGAGGCUUUCUCCAUUCCAUUAUCCAGGUGGCCCUCAUCCUGCGGUUGCCCUUCUGUGGCCCGAACAGGCUGGAUAACUUCUUCUGUGAUGUCCCGCAGGUCAUCAAGCUGGCCUGCACGGACACCUUCGUGGUGGAGCUGCUGAUGGUCUUCAACAGUGGCCUGAUGACGCUCCUGUGCUUCCUGGGGCUUCUGGCCUCCUACGCAGUCAUCCUCUGCCACGUUCGUAAGUCAGCCUCUGAAGGGAAGAACAAGGCUCUGUCUACAUGUACUACUCACGUCAUCAUUAUACUUCUCAUGUUUGGACCUGCCAUCUUCAUCUACACGCGCCCAUUCAGAGCCUUGCCAGCUGAUAAAGUGAUUUCUUUCUUCCACACAGUGAUCUUUCCAUUGAUGAAUCCUGUGAUUUACACACUGCGCAACCAGGAAGUGAAAGCUUCCAUGAAGAGGUUGUUGAGUCGGUAUGUGGUCUAUUGAAUGGAUUUCAAAAUGAGAAAUCAAGAAGGAAGACUUUGGGCUGCAUUCCAUUCUCGUAGUAAAAAUUGUUUUCCAUUGAACAUUUCCCUUUGUUCAGGUUCUAUUAAAGAAAAUGGGGAGGGGGGAAAAUAAACUCAGAUUAUUUAAACAAUACAAAGGAAAGUUUAGAGUGGUUGGAAAACAAUGAGUGAGUACAAGAGAUUCAGGGGUCAAAAUUUAUGUAACUUUAAGUGUCAAAUCUGAAGUCUUUUGGACUGAGAGACAUUUGAUUAUAUUUUAUUGGAAAUGGGGUCCAUUUUAGUGUUUUAAACAAAAGAUUGACUCAUCCAUAAUUCCUUCUCUUAUGGGAUAGGCAGAGAUCAAUAAGCUAUAAAACCUAAAGAGCCAAAUAUUGAACACAUUUUUGAAAAUAAUAUAGUAUUCAGAAUCUGGAAGAGAGAUAAAAGGGAAGCUAAUUAGUUGCAUGGAAAAAUGUCAUAAAAUUAUUCGAAUUUAUUUUUUCAGAGCUUUAUGAUUCUUAUUAUUUAUAUAUUGCUACAGAUUAUGUUGUGAAUUGCUAAAAUCCCUGCAAUUAUUUUAAAUAUACUUAGGUUUAAUGUGAGAAAUUAAGUACUUAUAAAUUCUUUUUAAUGGAAAAAGACAAGUUUCUACUCUGGGUGUCUUAAAAUGAUGUCAGUAAAAUUCCAUAUAACUAACCUGCUACAUGCCUUAUCUGCAAUAAUCAGGAGACUGGGAAGACAGAGAGCCGCCUUUCUAGCUCUUAGCUCAGGAAACACAUCAGCUAGCUGUGGCCCGGUAGUCAGGAGAAUGAUACAGAGUGCUGCCCAUGUUACUGGCGCUCUCCAAUUAAUUUAUGCUAAACUCAAUGACUUACUUCACUUAACAUAAUAAUCUGUUAACAGUGACCUAAUAAUCACACAUUCCAGCUACGUUGUUGCAAAUGAUGAGACAUUUUCCUUUUUAUGCCCCAGUAGUAUUCAUUGCAUAUAUGUACCAUGUUUUUACCAUAAAGAGAUGCUACAUUUUUGAGGAGAUAGAUAUGUGUACUCUGAUUGGACAUUAUAUCAUAUAAAAUAUAUAUAUUUACACAUAUUGAAACAUCAUUUGGUACUCAUAAAUAUGUGCAAUUUUUAUGUGUGAGUUAAAUUUUUAAAAAAAGUUUUACAUGAGUACAUUUGAUAGAAACUUAGAAAACCUGUUUAUAUGUUCACAGCUUCUUCAGAAAAUAAGAUAAUACAAAAAUGGUGGUAAAAUAGAGUAUACAGGUUUUACAAUCUUGGAGAUGCGAAAUAAUACAUUUAAAUUGAAAAUAGAAAUAGGACAACAGGUACAUUGGCAUGUAAAUAUUUAAAAAUUGUGUGUAGGUAAAAUGCAAAAGUGAUGCAAAACUCCCCAUAACUUAUGUUUAUGCAUAUUAUAUUCUGUACAAUAGUUUAUAUGGAAAUUAAAAUAAAUAUUACCUCCCUAUUCUAGCAUUAUGUGAGAGCAUCCAUGCAUAAAUUUAAAGAAAAGCUGUAAAGUAAAUGAAAACAAAUGAUAAAAGAGUAAUUUACUUAAUACAUAAGACCUUUCAUCAGGAUUGUGAAUAGGUACAUAUUAUAAUGAAAUACAGGCUGGCACCACGGCUCAAUAUGCUAAUCGUCCACCUUGUGGUGCCGGCACACUGGGUUCUAGUCACAGUCGGGGCGCCGGAUUCUGUCCCGGUUGUCCCUCUUCCAGGCCAGCCCUCUGCUGUGGCUUGGGAGUGCAGUGGAGGAUGGCCCAGGUAUUUGGGUCCUGAACCCCAUGGGAGACUAGGAGAAGCACCUGGCUCCUGCCUUCGGAUAGGCAUGGUGCGCCGGCCGCUGUGCGCCAGCCGUGGCGGCCAUUGGAGGGUGAACCAACGGCAAAAGGAAGACCUUUCUCUCUCUCUCUCUCUCACUGUCCACUCUGCUUGUAAAAAAAAAAAAAAAGGUAGACAGGCCGAUGCUGUGGUAUAAGCUGGUAAAGCCACCACUUGCAGUGCCGGAAUACCAUAUGGGUGCCAGUUCAAGCCUUGGCGGCUCCACUUCCCUUCCAGCUCUCUACUAUGGCUUGGGAAAGCAGUACAAGAUGGCCUGAGUUCUUUUUUUAAAAACUUUUAUUUAAUAAAUAUAAAUUUCUAAAGUACAACUUUUGGAUUAUAGUGGUUUUUCCCCCAUAACCACCCUUCCACCCACAAACCAUCCUAU